UUUUUGGAAGAGAUAAAGCUAAAAAUGAUAUUGUCAAGAUGAUUUCAGAAGCUGCUGAAUCUAAUUCUAAUACCCUGUCAGUGCUUCCACUAAUUGGAAUGGGAGGUGUAGGCAAGACUGCCCUAGCAAAACUGGUAUUUAAUGAUAAAUCAACCAAAGAUAAGUUUGAUAAGAUGCUAUGGGCAUCUGUAUCUAAUGCGUUUGACCUAAAACAUAUUGUAAAUAUAAUCAUACAAUCAGAUAGCGGUGAAAGCAAUAACCAAUUAACCCUAGAAGCAUUAACAAAGAAACUUCAUGAGCUUUUAAGGGACAAGAGAUACUUGCUAGUGUUAGAUGACAUAUCAAAUGAUAAUGUCAACUGGGAAGAAUUGAUAAACCUGCUACCGAGUGGUAGAAGUGGAUGCAUGAUUUUAAUCACUACACGUCUUACAAAAAUUGCAUCAGAAUUGAAGACAUUAGAACCAUACGAAGUGCCAAAACUUCCACAUGAAGAAUGCAGGAAAAUAUUUGUUCGAUAUGCUUUCAGAGGAGAAAAGGCGAAGGAUAGAGAGUUACUAAAAAUUGGAGAAUCCAUUGUACAGAAAUGUGAUGGCCUUCCUUUAGCAGCUAGAACAUUGGGAUCCCUAUUGUUCAGAAAAGACAUUUCUAUGUGGCAAGAAGUAAAGGAAAAUAAUUUGCUGAGUACUGGGAAAGGUAAAGAUGAUAUCUUGUCAGUAUUAAAACUCAGUUAUGAUGCACUUCCAUCUGAUUUAAAAACUUGUUUUUCCUGGUUAUCCACUUUUCCAAAGGACUAUGAUAUUUUCAGAGAACUUAUAAUAAUGUAUUGGAUGGCAAUGGGUCUAUUGAAUCCAGCUAGUCGAACUAAGGAGGCAAUAAGAGUGGGAGAGAAAUACUUUAAUGAGCUUGCUGGAAGAUCUCUUUUCCAGGACUAUGUUUUUAAUCAUGAUGGCAGCAUCUCACAUUGCAAAAUGCAUAGCCUUGUUCAUGAUCUAGCAAUAUCUGUGUCUCAAAAUGAGCAUGCAAUUGUUGGCUGUGAAAAUUUUACUGCCACUGAAAGAGUUAAGAACCUAGUGUGGGACCACAAAGACUUCACAACAGAACUAAAAUUUCCAACACAACUGAGAAGGGCAAGAAAGGCUAGGACAUUUGCAUGUAGGCAUAACUAUGGUACUGUGAGCAAAUCCUUUCUUGAAGAUCUCUUAGCAACCUUCACACUCCUAAGAGUCUUGGUUUUCUCUGAAGUUGAGUUUGAGGAGUUACCAAGUUCAAUUGGAAAUUUGAAGCACCUAAGGUACCUAGACCUUCAAUGGAAUAUGAAGAUAAAAUUCCUACCCAAUUCUCUGUGUAAGCUGGUGAAUUUACAAACACUUCAACUCGCUUGGUGCAAAGAACUGGAGGAGCUGCCAAAAGAUGUGAAAAGACUUGUCAGCUUGAGGUACUUGAUUCUCACAUCUAAGCAACAAUAUUUACCUAAAGAUGCCCUUGGUGGUUGGACUUCCAUGGUAUUUCUACAGAUUAGUGCCUGCCCAAUGUUGACAUCACUAACAGAAGGAUUUGGCAGCCUCAGUGCACUCAGAGAGCUAUUUGUCUUUAAUUGUCCAAAGUUGCCAUCUCUCCCCUCCAGCAUGAACCGGCUUGUCACCCUUCAGAAAUUGGUGAUUCAUAACUGUGAUGAGUUAGAUUUGAUGGAAUCAGAGGAAGCAAUGGGUGGGCUGAAUAGUCUCGAAUCAAUUGAACUUGCAGGACUUCCCAAGUUUAAGACCUUUCCAGAUAGCUUUGCAUCAGCUUCUUCCUCUCUUCAAUACCUGAAGGUUAGUGACUGCCCACAAUUCGAGGAGUUGCCAGAUUUCAUUAAGAGAUUCUCCUCUCUGAAGAAAAUUGAGAUCCCUAAAAGCCGUGCACCUUCCACUAUAACCUGGGCAUAGAAAUGAUAUAAGCUUAUAAAUUAACCACCAUGUGGUUGAAGGUAUGAUAUAUUGUUUCUACAAAGGCGUGAGCUCAGUUAUUGUGAAAAAAAAAACUCUCAAAUGAUGUGUACUGUCUUUUAAAUAAUAGGUGAUUGUAUGUUGUGUGUAAUACAACUAUGUAUCCCUAUAUGCAUUGUAUAAUUGUGUCAAUUAUGUAUCAACCAU